AACUUCAUUGAGUCGUGGAACUGCUCAAAACAUGGCGCUGUUUUCAUUGAUUCUUGCUGGUAUGAUGUCGAUGCUUCUGGUGGAGUCAGGCAGGUCACCUCUAGAAAGUCGUCAGAGGCCUCACCUCAUUAUUGAAAGGUACGAUUUGACACUCAACAUUUUUUUUUUCGGUUUGUAUGUUCAGAAGAUUAAAGAGGCAAAAACCGAUAUGGAACAUAGGGCAAUCCCUUUGCCGUAGCUUCUAAUCACGCGCUGUUUUGGGCUUCUAUUUUUUUAUGUCAAAAUUCCCCUUAUGAAAUCCACCAUUUGUAGCCCUUACCAAAGAAACCUGCAAUGCUUGAUUUUGUUCCUUUCAGGGUUUCCUGUUGUACCGCCUUAAACUAGGACUAUAGGUCUUCCAAAUCAGCCGGAUUUCCCAACUCUAUAUCAAAGAAUUAAUGGGGCUUGAAGCCCACGGGCUCCACACUGCAUUUCCACGCGAGCGUGUUUUGGAAAUGUUGGUGCUCACCUCGUUGCAGAGGACGAAAUCUUUGUUGAAGGCUACUAAUACAAUUGCAAGGACUCAACCCCUCCCUUUGCAAUUGAGUUUUGGUGGAGGAACAAUUGAUGAAGGUGCGUCAACAGUAUUGUGUAUAUCCUCGUGUAUUUAUCAAAAUUCUCUACAUUUCUGAUUACAGAUACAACUACAGGACUAUGGAAAGCAACGAAGAAACGUCUCGGGUAAUAAAUACGCCUUUAAUUAGCCGAUAACCUUUCAGAAUAGAGAGGGAAUGGAAGGGGUGUUACGAAGAGUCACACCCAAUAUCAUUUGGUUGAUCCCUCAUGGGCUAUUUCAAUUUCUAGAAUCGCCCGAUUUUAUUUUUUGAAAGUCUUAAAAGAUAACCCUACACAGGAACCAGAGAGAGAGAGAGAGAGUUAAAAGUAAACAGUAAAGGCGAUUACCACAUACUGAUCAUAAAAAAAAGCACGAAAAAUGUCCUCGUUCGUAACAGGGUCUAAAUCAGUCUAACUCACCUUGGUCACCAAAAUUGGAUCAAAUGAUUGUACGCGGAUCUGUGAAUCACUAGCUGUUUCUCAAGAAAACUAACAAAUACGAUAUAAAUUUACCAAACCAUUUGUUCUAAUUUUACGUGAUUUUUUGGUACAAUUGUUACUUAUAAAAGUGAAAAAUGUUCUAUGUUAAGUAAAUAGAUAAACUGAUUAAAAAAUCAGUUGGGGAAAUUUCAAAAUGGAGUCCAAAGUGGUUUCAGCAGUGGCUCAUCCCAUAAUUUUGAUUUCAACAUUUUGAAAUGCUAUAGACUGAGUACCACCUGACAUCUGUUUUUGUGCAGUCAGAAGAUAUACUUCUUGCAAUGGUUACCCGAAAUUGUUUUCUGUUACAAAUUGCAGUUGUUUUCGUACAGCGCAGCCUCUUGCUUUUUCAGAACUCAAUAACGAUAGCUAUAUUAAUUUGGUGACUUUACUUUAUCAAAAGCUCUCAAGUGUCGUACUGGAAGGCGCUCGACAAGCACUGAGAGAAUGCAAGAGGCAAUUCAAGGACAAUAUCUGGAACUGCUCAAUAAGUGAUGAACAAAAUCCAAAGGGAGUGCCUCUCUUUCUUAAUACCAAGUUACCAUUCGGUAAGAUUCAGCAAGCUGAUUAUCGUAUCAAGACUUUGUUGUAACCAUCCUGUUCACAAUAUCAAGUCACAGGAUGUUUUUAAGCUUCUUCGAAGGUUUAUCUUUUUGACUUAAAGUUUGCUAACAUAUUUAAUCAAUAGUUUUUUUUUUUUAACUUAAGUAGAUUAAAGAAAUCAUUUCGAUCUUACCGUAUUUGAAUUGUAAUGAGCUUGUGAACUUCACAAGCUCAUACACACAUAAUAUCAUUAUAUUAGCAUAAGCUGCAUAUUUGCAUCUGCCUGCGCAUGAGCAAUGCCUUGCCCCUUCCUCCUAAAAAGGUAAUAGGGGGUUCAAAAUUCUUCUUUCACGUCAUCAUUUGACUGACAGCCUGAGGCAGACCUUGAGCUCAUUUUAAAUCCCGUCCUUCCACCCCCUCUCCUUCCCCUCCCUCCCCCCCCUCUAGCAUAGUAGUGCACUGUUUUACGGUUCUGAUUGAGCUGCUCAAAACUACCUUAUUGAUACUUAAUUUAGCGUUUUUCGCGAUUGUGGAAAAUCGCGAAUUUAAAGACCCGCGAAUAAAAAUCCUCGCGAAAGCUCAAAUCACAGAAGGAAAAAAAUAAAGAUUACCAUUAAUUCAAUAACUACAAGAUACACUUUACAUGAGAUAUGUGUCGACAAAUACCGACAAGUUAUGAGCUGGUUUUACUGGUACGUUCCAUUCCCUAACUAUGUCUUUUGUUGUGACAUGACGUCAAUAUGCGUCUUGCUUGUUUCAUUUUGUCUCGAUAUUUUUAAAAGUCCAGAAGAUUGAAAACUAAAAUCAUUUUGAGAACCCUUGAAUCGCGAAAUUUAAUGCCCUCUUCAUAUUUUUCUAUUGAAAUCCGCGUGGAAAUAAAAACCCGCGAAAUAUUGUCUUGCCAAAAUCCCGAAAUUAAGUACCCUGACUAUAAAAGGUACUCGGAAAGUAGGGAUGUCCGAACAAGAUUUAAGGGUGACACUUGGGAAUCGAACAAGGAACCUUCCGCAUAGAAAGCCGUGUACUGAAACCAAUGUUGAGAAUCCUUCCCACUCGGUACUGAGACAUAAGCGUUUCCUUAACAAUGAAUUCACUGUUCUCUUAUUACAGUCACGCGAGAGAUGGCAUUUGUGCAGGCAAUUGGAUCCGCUGCUAUCGCUCUCGAAUUCGCACGCAACUGUGAAAAAAUUAAAUUAUCCAGAAGAAAUUCACAGUGUAAGGAUACAGUUGAAUUUGGCCAGAAAAGGGCUCGACUCUUCCUUGACAAGCUGGAAAGUGGGAACGAGGCUUACUCGGCUGUGAAUCGGCAUAACAAUAGAGUAGGAAGGGAGGUAAUUAUGCAUUAAUAAAGUUGCGUUAUGAAAACGCAUAAUUCAAUAAAAUCUUGAGUACACGCUGUAUUAUCACAACGGAUUAUAUCACAGAGUAGCAUAGUUUCCUGCUGUCCAUAUUUAGCAGUGGUACGAGCUUGCAUAGCUUACCCAGGCUUAAUUUAUUUAAUUUACUGGACCGGGUGAAAUACGGCUUUGCGUACGUAUGUGUUGCUCAAAUAGUUGCUCGUUAGUUUCGCUUCCUAACGGUAUCUUCUGAUUUAUCGAAUUAACCUUUUGCGGAUUUUUAUGAUAGCUCCACUGCAACACCAAAACGUCUCUAAAUAUAUGUGUUUAACCCAUGUGUUAAGGUGAUAUUACACGAGACGAUUCGCAACUAUGAUUUUUAGCGCAACACGGCGUUGCAACAUUGUUUCGAAGAACAUUGUUAGAACAUUGUUCCAACAAAUCGUAGACGCGAAUCGUCCCGUGUAACAUCAAAUUUAGGUAGAUGCUUGGUCUACAUCGACCAAACUCUUGAUAAGGAAUGUCAUAUUUACAAUUGCUUUAAAAGAAUUGCUUUUAUCAUUGGCAGCAUCUUAUCCUAUUUAAUGAGGCACUUGGCUUGAACAACGCAGACUUUACCUUACUUUACCUUUCGGCGUUCAUUUCUUACACUUCUUUCUAUGUGCAGGUUAUUCGAGCGCUUGCAGGCCGCAUGAAUCUUAAGUGGAAACGUCCGGGGAUACUGCGAUUUGAAGACGUUGGGGCAAAGCUUAAGGAGAAAUACCUUAAUGCCACUCGAGUGUGGUUCGUGAAUAACACACUUCAGGAGCGAGUUGAGCAUGAUCAGCUCAGAGCCAUCUCACAUGACGACAACAGGCUGGUCUAUCUCGACCCCUCCCCGGACUACUGUGUACCAAACAACACCCUGGGCUCGCUGGGAAUGCUGGGAAGAACAUGCAAGCACUACGACGCCCAAGAAACCAGAUGUCAGUCUUUCAUCGAUAAGUGCAACUCUUGCAAACUGAAAUAUAAAACGGUAGCGUACGAAGUCGAGGAAUAUAGGUGCAAUUGCAACUUUCAUUGGUGCUGCUAUGUUAAGUGCAAAACAUGCAAAAGAGUGCCUUACAUAACAACUUGCACUGAAAAUGAAAAAUUUACGGGGUAUUACUGACCUCAGUGGUCAUAUUCGUACCAGUGCAAAAAAUAUUUACUCUAUGCUUUUUAGUUCUUCUUAUAUCUGUAAAUGAUCAAUGCUGGAAUGUUUUAUUGUCAGAGGUACUACCAAUAACGUGACAUUUUUCUAACAUUGUCUUUAAGCAAGAUCUAAAUGUAAAAUGAUUGUACAGUGUACUUCACGAUAACCGUUUGACAUCGGUUAUAGUGAAUUCAUCGAUACAUUCAGAUACAACAGUGACAUUUCUGACGC